GCCGUGAAAAAUCUUAAAGCAACCUAUAAAUUUCUUCUCAAAAUAUCAUUAUGCCCUCUCUGAGGUCUGAGCAUGAGCCACGAUUGAGACUUCGGGGGCAUUUUCGUCAUUGACAUGUUCGUUGGCCCAUCUCCGCCGCAUACACCUCUCGUGAACCGCCGUAACAACCACCGGCCUCGCAACGCCACCGUCUCCUCCGCACUUCCUGAUCUGUUUCUCGCUGCCGUCUCUCUCCUCUUCCUCUGGUCCUCUCCUAAACCUCUCCUCUCCCUCCCUCCGAACAGAUUCUCUUUCCCUCUAACUCCUCGCCGCCGAUCCACCGCCAUGUCCCGUCGAUCUCCUCCUCCGCCGCAGCCUCUCUCCCAACGCUUCGCAAACCCUCAAUCGCUCUCCGAUUGGCUCGAAUCGCGAUUGCCUUCCGACUCGUUCGCCGCCUGGGGAGUCAAACCGGGGACCAAAAACGUGCACAACCUCUGGCUUGAGCUCUCCGAAGGCGAGACUUCUCUCGCCGACUCAACCCCGCCGGUACGCACCGUAAACGUCGUCACCGUCCGUGUAAUCGGAAAAGACGGACGAAUCCUCGUGGAAUCUCACCAGGAGUUAUCCGACGGGAGCAUCCGGGAGAGAUUUCGUCCUUUAUCGGAGAAGAUGAAGCCAGAAGAAACCCCAGAUGAAGCAGUCUUUCGAGCCAUAAAAGAAGAGCUCGGAUCUAUCUUCAAUGGCGACGCCGAGGGUCAGAGAAUCAAGCUUCUUCCCGGAAGUUACAGCAGAAGAGUGGAAGAGAAGAACUCGAUGUCGUAUCCGGGGCUGCCGGCGCGUUACGCUCUGCAUUCGGUGGAUGCGACGGUGCAGGGACUGCCGGAGGAUGAUUUCUGCACGGAGGAGAAGGAGUACGACGGAGACUCAACGGAAGAUUCGGAGGAAACACGAGCUGCCGGAAAAGCUGUAACUGUGAAACGGCAUCACUGGAAAUGGGUUAGUCCCGAUUCGAUUCGACCCUAGAACUCAAAACAGCUUUCACAAUUUCUAUCAAUCUAGAAAUUUAAUCACAAGUGAUUCAUCAGUUACAUGAAUAAUCAAGAGCUAUGUAGAAAUACAUACAUACAUACACAUUUAUAUAAUUCUCAGUUUAAUCUUCUUCUUCGCUUGGCUUAUUGGCUUUGUGCUAUAAUGUAAUACUUGGUUACUGUUGGUUAUUGUUUUAGUUGUUUUCAGAAGUUCUGAUCUCAA